GAGUGGAAUCUCUUGACAUCAUCCCAAAAAUAAGAUGUGUGGCUUCUGCCAACGGUGCCAUGAGCUCAUGCAUACCGUCUGUAUUGCGGUCCGAACCGAAAUGAUCUAAGCGUGCUUGCUGGAGUCCAUGGGUGAUCGAGUGCCUGAGUGCCUGGGUGAGGGAGUGUACACGGGUGAUCCCACACAGUUUUGCUACACCUGUUGGUUAUGUCCAUGUACUGAGGAUUGAGGUGCUUUGGUAGUUGAAUGCGGUGAGCUCACGGGGUCACAUUCCCACUUGAAUUCGUACACAUCCUUGGAAGUUAAAUCUCCUUCUCUCAUCCAAACCACCCUACUCCAACGGCUGACAGGAGAUCUUUAAUUUCCAGUGUCGAUCGUUCACAUCUUCUUGGCACUCGUGACUGACUUAUUAAUAUCGUCGUACAUCUCUACUAAAAGCUUCAGAAAAGUGUUCGCUUUCAUCGCAUUAAUAGUUCUCGAGCCAAAAUGGGUGGACAAAGUGGAAACUGGACCCCAACCAAGAGACGCGGUCCCAUCGCCGCCGAAUUCCAAGGACCGGGACCUGCCGCCCUGGUUCUACCUUCUCUUUUUGGAAAUUCAUCUAUAAACGAAUCUAACAAGUCCCGGGCUCCAGCCUACACUUUUGGUGGAAGGCAUGAAAAGAAAAUGAUUGCAAACGCCCCAGCUCCCAACGCCUACAACACGGCCGGCCUUAACCCGAGAGGCAAGGAUAAUCCGUAUGCUAAGACCAUGGCUAUCAAACUAAAGGACCCCAAACCCAACACCUACCCCGCACCUGGCACGUAUGACCAAGCUAACGCUGAGUCAGUUAUGCAUGGCACACCUAAGUACAGUUUUGGUCUUCGGCCGGACAUCAAAAUCCUCUCCAUUUCCCCCGCCCCUGGCACCUACGACACUGAGAAGGCCGAGGAGGCUCUUUUUGGGGCCCCAAGCUACAGUUUUGGGAUCAAACCCGGCGAUAAGAUCAAAUUCAUGGUACCCGCACCUGGGUCAUAUGAUAUUGAAAAGGCUGAUGAGGCGCUCUUUGGAGCCCCUAAGCACUCAUUUGGACUUCGACCCGAAAUCAAAGUCAAGUCUUACUCCCCCGCCCCAGGAACGUAUGACACCGAUAAAGCCGAGCAUGCCCUAAACCAGGCACCCCAAUAUAGCUUUGGCUUGAGGCCAGAGGAAAUCAUCAGGUCCAAAGCUCCAGCACCGGGCACGUAUGACAUCGAAAAGGCCGACGAAGCUCUUUUCGGAGCUCCAAAACAUUCAUUCGGCCUUCGACCCGAAAUUAAGGUCAAGUCCUACUCCCCAGCCCCUGGGACAUAUGACACAGAUAAAGCUGAUCAUGCUUUGAACCAAGCUCCUCAAUAUUCGUUUGGGCUGAGACCAGAAGAAAUCAUCAAGUCCAAAGCCCCUGCUCCAUGCGAAUACGAUAUUGAGAAGGCCGACGAGAUGUUGUUUGGGGCUCCCAAGUACACGUUCCGGACCAAGCCAGAAGACAAAAUCAAAACCAUCUCCCCGUCUCCCAAUGCUUACGACAAGGAUAAAGCAGACGAAAUGCUUUAUGGAGCUCCUAAGCAUACAUUUGGGGUCAAACCGGAAGACAAAAUCGGCUUCAAGGCACCUGCUCCUGGAACAUACGACAUUGAGAAAGCUGACGAGGCUCUGUAUGGGGCUCCUAAGCACACUUUUGGUUUGAGACCCGAGAUAACAGUCAAGUCAUUUGCUCCAGCUCCUGGCACUUACGACACAGAUAAGGCUGAUCAUGCCAUGCAUCAGGCACCCCAAUACACGUUUGGCUUGAAGUUGGUGGAUAAGCUCAAGAGUAUAGCCCCGGCUCCCAAUACUUAUGACCCGGAGAGUGAUGAUUUCUCCCCGUCCUACUCGUUUGGCAUCAAACCCGAACAAAAGGCCAAACCCGAUUAUCCAGGUCCAAGCACCUAUCGACCAGAAGAUUGUAGAGACGAUCCCAAAGCGCCGACGAUGCAUAUUCGUCCAAAAGAUCCUCGACCUUUUCUGACUCCCGCUCCCGGAGCAUAUAAUCCCGAAUCUGCCACCGACGAUAUCAAACCAACAGCGCCAAAGUAUUCCUUCGGAAUUAAAGGCAAAGACGAAAAGUUUGCAGAAGCCCCAGCCCCGAAUGCCUAUUCGGUUCAACAUACCAUGGACACUCCAUCGUAUAGCCUCUCUGGCCGUCCCAAGGAUGCUCGACACUUCUUGACUCCUGCCCCAGGGUCGUAUGAGGUGUCUGACACGAACCAAUACAAGGUGAAGGCUCCUGCUUAUUCAUUAAGCACGAGAUUUAAUUUGCCUACGGAUGGAACCAUGAAACCCGGACCAGGAACCUAUCAACCCGAGAAGGUAAAACUGGACAACCCACCGGAGUAUGCCUUCGGGAUAAAGCACUCUCCCUACUUGGGAUCUCUAAAGGGUGAUGCCUGGGCUGGAUCCACUACUGAGACCACUGGAAACGCCAACGCAAGACCACGGGAUGUUCCUGAACCCGCCAAGACUACGAUCGCCACCACUACCCCGGUGGUUCCAACUGCACAAUUAUCCAAUGGCCAGGUCCAAGUGAAUGGACAUUCUUCAAACGCGGCCACUUUGGCAGCUAAUGCUGCGGCUAGAUUCGCUAGUACCAAGACAGUGGUGAAGGGUGAAGCCCAGACAACGACAUCUUCCCGAGUUCACAGUGAUGGCCAUCGCAUCCGAACUGAGACCUUCUCCUACACCAAAGGUCCUACUGUGACCAAAUCAAGUGUGGCUGUCAACCGUACCACCCGGACCGAAACCAAGGCCAUUGCUUGAUCUACAGUCCCUUUGGCCUUCCGAAUUCAGAAAGACAAGACAUGGUGUGGCUAGGGGCGUUUUCGAUUGAAGGGCCCGAUGAUGGCACAUCUAAAUAUCCUUCACUUUGAGUUUCCUGUGAGAACAAGAGAUUAGCAAAGAGAAGCACUUUUAGGGGCCUUGUGCCUGACCCUCUUCCCUUCAAUAGUCUCUUCGACAAUUAUGUAACCCCUACUAUGCACUAACUGAGAUAUAUUAUCAACUUAUCAUGAGUUACUUCUUGAAAAACCUAUUCUGAUCAUUGGAUUUCAAUAAAUCGGUGUGUUUACCUACAUGUUAUUCAAAUUGUAAUUAAAAAAAAAAACUUUGGCAAGCAGUUCACGAGGUGAACUAAGACAAAAGUGCGGGCGGGUGUUUCUGUGAAUAUCGUAUCGACACUUUUCCCGAUAAGCCCUUAACUAGAGCUAAUCAAGACUCCCGUUGCCAAACUUCCUGAUCAGCUCAUUCGCGCUUAUCUUAUCAAACCCAACAGGCUUCAAGCUUUCGUGCUUAAUCUGACAUUUCCAUGUGCAAAGUGAUUGUUCAUACCUGAAAAUGGCAUCAAAUACCUCUGAUAAUACAAUCUCGUCGGAACAACUGACUCCGCCAAAGAAACCUUUACGCAAAAAGAGUGUUUCUUUUGUGCCCCGCGACGACAUCAUCGAAUCCUCGAUUCCCCCUCAGAUUGCUCAAGUCGUGUCAGAUAAAUCUUCAUCAGAUGACGAAAAAAUACCAUCGCAAGAAAAAUUAGGCACACUCUGCAACUCCCCAAAGGACAUCAAUAUCGCCGUUCCAAACGCAUCUAAAGAUCGACCCAUUCGAAAGAAAAGCCACGGCACACCUCCACCCACUCGAAAAGAGAUUAUGAAAGCAAUGGCUGAAAAUGAUGAAGAUGAUGAGGAGAUCCCCGAAUUUCGAACCAAAACUUAAACAUCAUUUUGACAGGCACAAACUAAUGUUUUUCGACAAAACCGUCGGAACCUGACAAUAGAUUCACUCAACCUCAUCAGAAAAUGUGAAUUUUAUUGAAUCCUGGUUACAAAUAGGAAGAAUUCAUUCAUUCUCGACAGUACACACACGCACACACACAAACUUACGGUUUGUUGGUUUGGUUAAUACAAUAUGAAACAAUAAUUUUAAAAAAAUCAACGGAUCUUGAGAUUUCUUCAACGGAGGCCCACUUGAUUAUUUUCCUUUCGACUCGAGGUCAAUUUAACGAACAACAAAUUCACAGCCUCAAUAGAUG